GUGCAUGGAACUUGUUUACUUGAGUAAAAUGGUGUGAUCAGUAGAAGACAGUUUGUCUCUUUAAAUCCGGCUAGAGAAAGCAGAGAGUGCGUCUUUGUUUCCGCCGGCGGGCUCCAACUGGGAGAGUGAAGCUGUGUCAGCCUCAGAACAAACAGGAGUUUCUCUCGCCGCCAACACUAAAAGAACUGGUUUGUGGUAACAAACUUGCUUCAGGCCACGCCCCCCUGCGCUCCGCCGCCAGCUUGUUUGCGUGACGGCCCUCAGAGGAGUCAUGCGUUGGCGUGUGGAGUUGGCCGGCCUGGGUCUGGCCCUCGCCGGGUGGCUCUGCGGCGUCUUGACGCGCUGUCUGGCUCUGUGGAAGGUGAGCGGCACGCUGGACAACACCACGGCCACUCUGCCGGCCUACUGGGACGGCGUGUGGCUGGACUGGGACCAGUGGGACCUGGCCCACGAUGGGCGUCUGCAUUGCUCCUUCUACCAGGCGCUCAUGUCUCUUUCUGGAAGCUUCCGUACGUGGAGAGCCCUCAUCAUGGCGGCGCUGGGCGUGGGGGCGUUUGCAUUUGUAAUUGGCGCCGCAGGGGCCGUGUGGUUCCCCAAGCGGGGGCAAAUCAAAGUCUUUUCCGGGGCUCUUUUUGUCCUCUCCGGGGUCCUGCUGCUGGUUCCCACUGCUUGGACCUGCCACCACUCUAGUCAGCCGCUGGAGGGCGCUGUGCACCUGAGGAGAGACUGGGGACCAGCUUUGUAUUUGGGGUGGAUCUCUUUUGCGCUGAUGCUGGCAGGAGGGAUCAUCCUCACCACCCGGUGUCCCACCUCAGAGGCACAGGCUGAGGCCCCUGGAGGCCCAAACCUGGAGGAGGAAGCAACUCACCCUCUGAGCAGGAUCCACAGGACCGCCUUCACAAGCAGCCAGUAUGAACGUGGAUCAGUACCAAUUUGAAACAGACAAAAUUAUUUGGACGCGGUUCUUUGUGACUUCAAUAAGAUGGAUGAAAACGUGAAGCUGUGAGAGAACAAAUACCGUAUUUUUCGGAGUAUAAGUCGCACCGGACGAAAAUGCAUAAUAAAGAAGGGAAAAAAACACAUAAGUCGCACUGGAGUAUAAGUCGCAUUUUUUGGGGAAAUUUAUUUGAUAAAACCCAAUUUAAAAUAAAUAAAGAAUAGUGAACAACAGGCUGAAUAAGUGUACGUUAUAUGAGGCAUAAAUAACCAACUGAGAACGUGCCUGGUAUGUUAACGUAACAUAUUAUGGUAAGAGUCAUUCAAAUAACUAUAACAUAUAGAACAUGCUAUACGUUUACCAAACAAUCUGUCACUCCUAAUCGCUAAAUCCCAUGAAAUCUUAUACGUCUAGUCUCUUACGUGAAUGAGCUAAAUAAUAUUAUUUGAUAUUUUACGCUAAUGUGUUAAUCAUUUCUGCGAUGAGGUGGCGACUUGUCCAGGGUGUACCCCGCCUUCUGCCCAAUUGUAGCUGAGAUAGGCUCCAGCGCCCCCCGCGACCCCAAAAGGGAAUAAGCGGUAGAAAAUGGAUGGAUGGAUGUUAAUAAUUUCACACAUAAGUCGCUCCUGAGUAUAAGUCGCACCCCCGGCCAAACUAUGAAAAAAACUGCGACUUAUAGUCCGAAAAAUACGGUAGUUUGAGUCUAUAUUGUGUAUAACUACACUGAGUGUUCACAGUUGGUGUCUUGGCAUCUGUCUUGUUUAAAUACAGCAAGCAAUGUUAUAAAUCUAAAACACACACACACAAAUAUAUAUAUAUAUAUAUAUAUAUAUAUAUAUAUACACAUACCUGUCUUUCUUUAUGUGCCAGCUUGAAAAAUGACCAAUCUGGUGUUUAUGGCUUGUCAAGUUGUGCAAUUAAUAACUGAACAGUGUGCCGAGGACAUCGAUUAAAGUGCACUAAACAGGUAUUUUGCUUAUUAAAUUGGUGCACAAGCUUGCCUAUGGUGUACAAAAGUAGUGAUAGAUUAAGCGGUCUUGCUCCUGCGACUUAUAGUCCGAAAAAUACGGUACUAACAUUGGGUUUUUAUUUUUUAUUUUUGAGUAAGGAUCUGUGUGGAGUUUGCAUGUUCUCCCCGUGACUGCGUGGGUUCCCUUCGGGUACUCCGGCUUCUUCCCACCUCCAAAGACAUGCACCUGCAGAUAGGUUGAUUGGCAACACUAAAUUGGCCCUAGUGUGUGAAUGUUGUCUGUCUAUCUGUGUUGGCCCUGUGAUGAGGUGGCGAAUUGUCCAGGGUGUACACCGCCUUCUGCCCAAAUGCAGCUGAGAUAGACUCCAGCACCCCCCGCGACCCCAAAAGGGACAAGCGGUAGGAAAUGGAUGGAUGGAUUUGAAGUGGAAUUACAAUUGGCACAUAUGUACCACAAUGUCCUUAUGUAUAUACAAGGGCUGUCAAAAUGAACAAGUUAACUCAUGUGAUUAAUCGCAUUAUUGUGAACACACUUAGAUUAAUCGUGCAAUUUAUUUUGACCGUACAAGCUCUUUUACGGUCAGUGAUCAGAUCAAUGCAGUACAAAAAUGGGUCUGCUCGCUGGCAAAUUUCACUCCAAAAUACAUCCUAAAAGAAGUUUAGAUGAAACUGCGACCAAGUUUUGUGCAAAUAAAUCCCAUGCAAACAUUUAAAAACGUUCCUGGACAAAAAAAUCGCAUUUGUGUACAAAUAUUGAGGUAUUUUCUUAAGCAAAUUUUGAAUAUGCGAGCGAGUAAUCACAAUUCCUCCAAAUUCCAAAUUGUAGUUAAUCUGAUUUUAUAAAAAAAUGUUAUGAUUUGACAGCCUUAUUAUAUACAGAAUAUAAACCAGUCAAAUGUGUUUUUUAUUUAGAUUUAUUCAGUACAUUUGGAUAUUUUAUUGCCUUUUAGGAAACUGAAUUUGGGAUUUUUAUUAACUGUUAAAUGUAAUCCUCAAGUUAUCAACUACUUUCUUGAAAUAUUUUACUGU